AUGGCGGACCAACAGCAGAAGAAGCCGGACCUCUCGAAGACCGCGACGCACGGGCGAGGAGGCGCUGGGAACAUUAGCAACAAGCCGAUGAACGCUGUGGGCGCCAAUGACCUCGAGACGCCGACGAUCAAGUCGCAGCUGUACACGACAGGGCGUGGAGGCUCCGGCAACAUGGCCGCAAACGUAUCCCCCGAAGAAGCCCGCAAAGCUCAAGACAUCGACACACCUGCACACCACAAGAACGAGCCGAAAGGGACGUACCACUGGGGUCGCGGCGGAGAGGGCAAUAUGAUGACGGUGGGGCAGAAGGAGGGCGAGAAGGAAGAGAAGAAUGGGGUGAAGGGCAGCCCUGUUAUCCGACCAGCCGAUGGCCAGAAGAGGAGCGGAAGUUUUCGGGAUGCUUUCGGGAAGGGGAAGGAGAUGCUAGGUUUGAAGGGGAAGGGUGAGAAGGGUGGGAAUGGAAGUGCUGUGGAGGAUUGA